CAAUACUCCCUCACAUAGCACUGGAACAGCUUUUGCUCGUUGGACGGCGAGAUGGCGUCUUCGGCAGAGAUGCAGUCAUUCGCCGCGCGCCUGGCAACCUUCCAAACACCGCACCAACUCAGCAAACGACGCGCUUCCUCGCAAAGCAGCAAGAAGAAGGGCGGCAACGGCAACGGCAACAGCAACAGCAACAGCAACAGCAACACGGUAGAAUGGCCGCACAACGAGCCGGCCGUGGAAGAGCUCGCCCGCGCCGGCUUCUUCUACCGCCCCGCCCCGGACUCCCCCGACAACGUGCAAUGCUUCCUCUGCACCGUCAAGCUCGACGGCUGGGAACCCACCGACUCCCCCCUCACCGAACACCUCUCCCACUCCCCCUCCUGUGCGUGGGCGUUGAGUCUCUCCGUCGCUUUCCCAACAGUCGACGAAGAAUUCCGCGAUCCCCUAAGCGCCGAACUGAGUGCCGCGCGCAAAGGCACGUUCGAAGCUGGCGCGGGAUGGGUGCACGAGGAUAAACGGGGUUGGCGGUGUAAAGUCGGUAAGAUGGUGGAGGCGGGGUGGUGUUUCGACCCCUCCCCCGACUCCGAAGAUGGGGCGACGUGUUUUUAUUGUAACCUUAGUCUUGAUGGGUGGGAGCCGAAGGAUGAUCCGUUGGAGGAACACAAAAGGAGGAGUCCGGAGUGUCACUUUUUUGCGCUUUGCGAACGGUAUCAUGGUGUUGGUGCGGCGACGACGAUGACGACGACUGGAGUGAAGAUGAAAGGGAAGAAGGGGAAAGCGAGAGGUAGUGUGGCUAGUAGGGUUAGCUCGCAGAGUGUUGUUAGUAUCAUGUCUGAUGCGCCUGGGGAGCUGAGCGAUGUGGGUACAGCGGCGAUGGAUGAUAGUGUCAUGUCCACUGCUACGACCGCUUCGCAAGCGACGGUCAAGGGCAGGAAGAAGGCUGUUGGGGGACCGGUGAAGGGCAAGAAGCAAGCCAACAAACAGAUCGAUGAUCCACCGGCCGCGCCGGACGUACGUUCGCCAGAGCUGAGCCAGUCCCGCAAGAGUCAAUUACCGGGCUCAUUCCCGGAUUCAAGCAUCCUCUCACCACCGCCACAGCAAGCGCCCGACCCCGUCGUCCCAGCCAAAACGACCAGAAAGAACGGUGGAAGACCGUCCAAGCAAACCGACUCCUCAGUCAUCGAAACCAGCCAGAUGGACGUCCCGCCCAAGAAGCCCACGCGCGGCCGCAAAGCCAAAGCUCAGCCAGCACCAGAGCCGCAACACGAACCGGAAGCGUCGGUGAAUCGGCGCUUCGGCGAAGCCUCCGCGCAGUUGCAGAGGGAGUUGGAAGACUCGUUGACGUGCCCGGAUGCGGAUGCGCCGGAUCAUGAGUCGACGCCUCGGCCUGCAGCGGCGCCGGUGGUGGUGAAGGGAAAGAGGGGUGUUAAGCGGAGUUCGGAUGGGAUGACGAAGGAACUGCAGCUGCAGCAGCAGGAUUUUGCUGUUGCGGCGCCGGCGGGUGGUGUGGGAGCUGCGAGGCUGUCGGCUCCAGAUGAUGCUGCUGCUGCUGCUGCUGCUGCUGAUGUCGUUGUGCCACCGAAGAGGAAGCGGGGGAGGCCUAGUAGGCAGAGUUUGUUGGCUGAAGCUGAAAUAACGUCGGAGCCUGUUGGUGUUACUGUGGAUGUGGAUGAGAAUGUGGAUGUGGGCGAGGAGAUCGUGGUGGUGCAUAGCUCGCCGCCUGCUUUUGUCCCUCCGGCAGUGGCGGCAGCAGAGGAAGCGGCACAGCGCGAGAUGGAAGUGGAAGCCGAAAAGCCGAAGAAAGCAAGCAAGACCAAGAAAGCGCCGGCGAAGAAGGGCAAGGGGAAGAAGACUUCUUCCGCGCGCAGUUCGAAGGCUACGAUUGUUGCGUCUGAACCUGAGCUUGACCCGUGGCAGGAGAACGAGCGUGAUCUCGAGGCGGAAGAGGCGGAGAUUGAGGCGGAGCUUGCACGGAUGGCGAAUGAGCAGGCCGAACAGGCAGUGAUUAUUGGAGCGGAGCAGGAGAGGGUGGAGGAGUACGAACCUUCGCCUUCGCAGGGUCAGCGAGGGGGCAGGCCUGAGCUCGACAAACUUGUGGCGCAAGCAGAAGCGGACGGUCUAAUCGCUGCAAAAGACGAAGCCGAGGAAGUGGCACCGUCGCCAGCAAUGGCUCUGACGAAACAAGCCACACCGACACUCACACCAGCACUCACACCCUCACCCAACGGCAGCGACAAAGAAAAUCACCCCUCCUCCCACACCCACCCCACAACCGCACUGAAACCCGCCACCACCAUCCUGAGCCCCAUUAAACGCAUCCCCCUCGCCCUGGGAACGCCAAACCGAACACUCACCGCCAAACACCCCCUCCUACUCUCGCCCGCAAAACAACCCCUCCACCUCACAUCCACCAAUCCCUGGACGGCGAUAGACCUAGAAACGGUACUUAUGGCUUCUCCCCAACCCACCACUCCUGGCUCGCUGGCGCAAAGGUUGCUCCAAGCGGGCGGUAUGUUGACGGAGAGGGAGAAGGGGAUGAGUGUGGAGGAGUGGGUGCGGUGGCGGGCGGGGGAGGGGGAGAGGGAGUUGAGGAGGAGGUGUGAGGGGUUGGUGGGGGUGUUGGAGAGGGAGGGUGUUAGGGCGGUGGAGGCGGUGGCGGGGAUUGGAGGUUUGUGAUUAUGUGGAUGAGG